CGGAGUGGAUUUCACAUGCAUCACGUUGGGCCCCCACAAAGCACUGUGCUGUACUCGUUGGAGGAAAAUCGUGUCGUGUCCAUCGCGACAUAUGAAAACAAAACAAACUCCUUGCGCCGUUAUCUUCUCCGACGCUUCUACUCGCGCGCAAUCUCCUCAUCGUCAGACACUGCAAUAAAACAAGGAUCGGCAAACCCCCAAAACCCUAGAAACCUGAUCAGGGAAGGGAAAAUGGCAGCAGCUCUUCGGAUGCUCAGAUCUCUUCGAACCCGUCCAUUUCAUGUUUCUCCUCUAUCUUCAUGUCUCAGCCCUAUUUCCAGAUUCAUGAGCACAUUGGUUAUAGCUGAACAUGAGGGUGGGUCAGUAAAACCAUCGUCAAUGAGUGCACUAGCGGCUGCUGGAGCUGUUAGCGAAGGAAAUUCUAUUUCUGUGUUGUUGGCUGGCUCAGGUCCAUCUCUUCAAGAAGCUGCUUUGCAUGCUGCCUCAAGUCAUCCUUCAGUUUCCCAGGUACUUGUUGCUGAUACAGAUGUAUUGAAGCAUCCUCUUGCUGAACCAUGGGCUGAACUAGUCAAUUUGGUUCAGCAGAGUGGCUGUUAUUCGCAUAUUGUUGCCGCUUCUACUUCGUUUGGAAAGAACAUACUACCACGAGCUGCAGCUCUUCUAGAUGUUUCCCCAGUUACAGAUGUCAUCGGAAUUUCAGGACCUCAGUUGUUUGUCAGGCCAAUUUAUGCUGGAAAUGCUCUCUGUACAGUUCGAUACACAGGUGUGGCUCCUUGUAUGCUGACCAUUAGGUCCACAUCAUUUGCCUUGCCCUCGGUUCCAGCUGAUUCACGAUCUGAUCCAGCACAAAUUUCCCAGGUUGAUCUCUCGACCUUUAGUGAAGUGACUCUAGGGCGAUCCAGAUGGUUGAAACUUGAAUCUCAGGAUACAGAACGCCCAGAUCUGGGGAAUGCUCGGGUUGUUGUCACUGGGGGCAGGGGACUGAAAAGUGCUGAGAACUUUAAAUUAAUAGAGAAGCUCGCAGAAAAGCUUGGUGGAGCAGUUGGAGCUACUAGGGCUGCCGUUGAUGCCGGAUUUGUUCCUAACGAGCUUCAGGUUGGUCAAACUGGGAAAAUUGUUGCCCCAGAGUUGUAUAUAGCAUUUGGGGUCUCAGGAGCCAUCCAGCAUUUGGCAGGAAUGAGAGAUUCUAAGGUCAUUGUAGCUAUAAACAAGGAUGCUGAUGCACCCAUAUUUCAGGUUGCUGAUUAUGGGCUUGUAGCCGAUCUGUUUCAGGUUUUGACUGAGCUGCUAGAAAAGCUUCCAGAAUGAAAGUAGCCUGUUUAUUCUAACUUCCCCUCUAAUACAUUCAUAAAACUAAAUUAGUUCAGAUGAGAUGCAAAAGGAUAAGAAGAGGUGCUCGGCAUCGUCCAAUAAACCGGGCCUAUUCAGCUCAAGAUCUCAGUCAUCUGGUAUAUGGCAAUUUGCCAAAUCUCACUGCCAUUUUCAAACCGUUGCCCAUCGUGUAGUGUAUCAGAGGGUGACAUAUCCAAUCUCA